CUCCUGUUCAGAGUGCUGUUCAGCCUCUGUAAGAGUGCUGUUCAGACUGCUGUUCAGCCUCUGUAAGAGUGCUGUUCAGAGUGUCGUUCCUGUUCAGAGUGCUGUUCAGAGUGCCGUUCCUUUUCAGAGCUGCGUUGCUCUCCUGCCUGCGCUGUCAGUGUGGGGAGGAACAAUGGCGCUCUCAGAUUACACCCCUCUGUCGAACAGUGGGGCGGGCUCCUCCUCCUGCUUUCCCAAAGGCAACCCCCUCCUGCCUCACUGGCGUCUGAUUGGUGCAAGCUUCGUAUAUUUACACCACGGGCUUAACAAACCUCACCACAACUUUCAAACUCUGGGAUAAAAAAAAGCUCUGGACAAGUUUUGUACCGUGUGAUUUUUGUCAAGAUUGAUUUGUUUAGGUUUUUGCAAGUAUUUUGCUGCCUAUUAAAACCCUUUAGGUUCAUUGAGUUUGUUGUUUUCUCUUGCACAAUUUGUUUGAUGAAGUUUGCUUUUUUGUUUAUCUUACUUACAAAAAAGAACUACACAAAACGUUUGACAAACUGAAGGUUGUCUUGCUGGAAUGAAUAUAUCUGAGUCUAGUUACUGUCGAGAGGAGAGUUCUCACCCCGUGGGCGAGGGUUCAUGGGUGCCCGUCCCCAGCCCCGGCUCAGACCGCGGGCUGGGAUUUGACCAGACCCUGGCUGGAGACUUGGGGCCCACAGCUCCAGGGAGAGUGGGGCGGGGAGCCGGAGGGGGAGCGCAGGGCAGGACAGGGAGCCCCGAUUCUGGCCGUGUGGGAGCUCCGGUCCUGGGCAGCCCUGUGGGAAAGACAGGAGCGGAGUCUCGUAUCCGCCGGCCCAUGAACGCCUUCAUGGUGUGGGCAAAAGACGAGCGCAAGCGACUGGCACUGCAGAACCCAGACUUACACAAUGCUGUCCUCAGCAAGAUGCUAGGCCAGUCAUGGAAGUCCUUGAGCACCCCAGACAAGAGGCCCUUCGUGGAGGAAGCAGAGAGGCUCCGACUGCAGCACCUCCAGGAUCACCCCAACUACAAAUACCGCCCGCGGAGGAAGAAGCAGGCCAAGAAAAUCAAACGCAUGGAGCCCAGCCUGCUGCUCCAGGGCCUCUCCCAGGCCUGUGGGGGCGCGGCGGCCGGGGACAGCUACGGCCAGCCCAGGCACCCCCACCACCUGCUGCCCUCCCUGGGGCACUUCAGCGACCUGCACCCUGGCGCGGGCCCGGACUUCGAGAACUACGGCCUCCCCACACCCGAGAUGUCGCCACUGGACGUGCUGGAUGAAGGGGGAGACUCUGUCUUCUUUCCCCCACACAUGCAGGAGGACCUGAGCCUGGCGCCUUGGAUUAAUUACCACCCCCAUCAUCACCAACACCACCCCAAUCCUCACCUCCACCCUCACCACCCCCACAGUCACGGGCACGGGCACCUUCACCCGCUCCACGGCCAGAAGGCGCCCCACGAGCCCCGGCCCCAGAAGUGCCACCUCCCGGGAGCUACGAACGCUCACUACCCCCAGAGCCAGCCGGGCCUGCCCGAGGCCACGAAAGGAGGCUCAUACUAUGGUCACCUCUACGCUAGUGGCCCUCAGGGUGGCUUCACCUCCCACCUGGGCCAGCUCUCGCCCCCUCCCGAGUCCCCUGCCACAGCCACCACGUCCCCAGCCCCUGGCCUGGACUCUGUGGAGCAGCUAGGACCCCCCUCUGAGUUCUGGACUGAGGUGGACCGGAACGAGUUCGAUCAGUACCUGGACACAGGCAGGACUCGCCUGGAGAGCCCAGCUGCAGCACAGGGCUAUGGCGCCACCGUGUCUAAGGUGUCCAGCAGACACAUAUCCUGUGAGGAAAGUAGCCCCUUGAUAUCCGCUCUGUCUGAUGCCAGCAGUGCCGUCUACUACAGCGCCUGCAUUACCGGCUAGACCGAAUGUCCAAAGUCAUACCAUUUCAGUGCUAUAGAUAAGAAUGUGAAUAUUUUAUACGUUGUAUUGAAACCUAUGUAUCUACCUUAUGUGAAGGAUUUUUAUGUGUUUUGUUGUGUGUUUUUACUUUUUUAUUAUACUGAAUAACUGGGGUAAAAACUGCACUGGGUUCCGGAGGAGAAUACUCUUUGAAGUGUACAUACAAUACUUUGUUGCGAACACCUUGCAAAUACAUGUGUGGUUUUUUAAAUACUGAUACGUUUUAUACAGAAGACUGGAAAUGCAAUUAGAAAAGAGUAUAUGUUUUAAAAAUAUGGAUUUAUAAUGGUUUAUAGUGACUAUAAAUUAUUUUCCAUGAGUAUUUUACUUUUACAUUUAACUAUUCCUAAAGUAUUUGUUUUCUUUGUUAAAUUGAUUUUACAUCCUGCUAGGCAGCACUUGGAAAAAAUCUGAUAGAAAUCUGAUAUUAAUUAAGUGUUCCAGUGCUUUUUGCGGUAAUUGGUGGCAAUAAUCUAUAAGUAAUGGUUGGAAGAGAAAACAAAAUAACUUGGAACAUUUUUUUUAAAUAAAUUGAAAACAGCCUGUUGUGAAUAAUAUACAUUUUCUACGCUUUGCCAGAGAGAAGAUUUGAUUUUAGGAAGUAUAGUUUUUUUGUAUGUACAUAUCUAUUUUUUAGAGACAUAUUUGCAUAUCAGGAUUUGCCUUGAUUUGUUUUACUAAAUAAAAUGGUUAAUAGCAA